AUGGCGGCGCAACGUCCGAAACCUCCCAUGCCCUUGGUGGUCAUCAUGGGCACCACGGGGACUGGUAAAUCCGAUGUAAGUGUUAGGCACUUUGAAGCGGAGCAAAAGAUACCCGGGAUGACUGACGUAUUGGUUUUGUUUGUUCUUGUUAUUCAGCUCGCGGUAGAGUUGGCGUGCCGGUUCAACGGAGAGAUCGUCAACGCGGAUGCCAUGCAAAUGUACAGAGGUCUACCCGUCAUCACUAAUAAGAUCUCGGCAAGAGAACAGCGCGGCAUACCGCACCACCUCUUCGAUCAAAUUGGCCUGGAAGAAGAGACGUGGGAUGCCGGCGUCUUCAAACGGGAGGCCGGCAAGUUGAUUUCCGAGAUCCGGCAGAGGGGCAAGCUUCCUAUCGUUGUCGGCGGCACCCAUUACUAUGUCAAUGCGUUGCUAUUCAAUCAGAGCCUGGUGGAAGAAACAUCAGAAGCUGCGCCACCGGGGGCCGACACUUUGACGUCAAAUGGUCGGAUCACGUCUCCAUUUCCCGUAUUGGACGGGCCCACCGAUGCCAUGCUCGCGAGGCUUAGAGAGGUUGACCCCGUUAUGGCGGACAGAUGGCACCCCAAUGACAGGCGGAAAAUACGCCGCUCGCUCGAGAUCUUCCUAACCACUGGGAAGCGCGCAUCGGAUAUCUACGCUGAGCAGCAAAGAGAACAAGAUGCAAAGUCCGCUUCUGCAGAGCGUCAGAGUUCCUGGCAGACUCUGUUGUUCUGGGUUUACUCUACUCCAGACAUCCUGAAUGGGCGCCUGGACAGGCGCGUUGAUAAGAUGCUCGAGACUGGUCUUCUCGAAGAGACAAAGGAGAUGCAUGAUUACCUGAAUCAAAGGCUGCGCCGGGGCGAGGAGGUCGACCGAUCCAAGGGCAUCUGGCAAUCUAUCGGAUUCAAACAGGUCGAGCCGUACUUGGAAGGCCUCGCUCGGGACAUGGAUCCUAUCGGUCUCGAGAAAGUCAAACAGCAAAGCCUUGAAGACGUCAAGACUGCCACUAGACGUUAUGCCAAGUAUCAGAUCCGGUGGAUCACCAAGAAGACAGUCCCCCCGCUCCGGCAGGAAGGGGCCAUGGACCACCUCUACCUGCUGGACAGCUCGGACGUGAGCCAAUGGCCUCACAAGGUUGCGGGCACUGCGGCCGAUAUAACGUCUGCAUAUCUAGAGGGCAAGGAGAUGCCCAUGCCCUCUUCCAUCUCAGAGACUGCUGCGCAAGUCCUUUCGUCCACAGUCACGGCCAGUACCGACAAGGGCACUCCGUGCAGGAAAACAUGCGAAGUGUGCAAUGUUACUGCCCUCACAGAGGAGCUCUGGGCAAAGCACCUCAAGGGGCGCUCCCACCGUGCGAUGGUGCGGCACAAGAAAAGGGUAGCGUUGGUGGUUAGAGAAGAGGUGGAUGAGAGCAGCCAUGCGGAAGAACAAGGCCGUGACGUAGAAGAGGGUGUCGCUGGUCAUGCAGCAUCUAGUUCUUGA